GUUUGUACUUAAUAUCUAUCAACUUACAAGAAGUCCACAUUUUGCUGUAAGUCCAAAUCCUGUAGGCUUCAUUUUAGCUAAGGCAAACUCUGGUGUAAUUGUGUAAACUGGAAUCACCCCUAAGCCUUGUAUUUUUAUUGGCACAAAUGUUGUUUUGGUAUAAAAGUCAAUGAACUGUACGACCUAAAUUAUAAAAAAAGAUAUAAAUAAUGUAAGUUAAUUUUGAACAGUACUGACAUUUUUUAAUCUUAAAUGUCAAACAUAAUUGGAUUUUCCCCCUUAAAAAUCUAAAAUGUCUAAACAGCCUUGGGCCAUUAAGAAUGGAUUUAUUUUGUGUUAAACACCAUACAUGUUGAUGAUAAUUUGUCUGCAUCUUCAAUUUUUAUAAAGAAUUAUAACAAUUCCUACAAUCUAUUGUCUAUGGAAAUUUAUUUCCUCAUAUGGAAUUUUUAAAUGUUAUUGGAGAUCAUUUGUUUUGUUUGUUAAUAAAACACGUUUAAAAUUAAAAUAACCCAAAAUGAGCUCUUCGCGGGAAGGAAUAUCUCAAGAUUUAGUGAGGGAUCAUAUAAAUACCCUAAUACAAGAACGCUCUUUUAUAAACAUUAAUCGUGAAACAGCUUCCAUCAAGAAUUUAAUAUCCAAAAAAGAAAAUCCUUCAUACCCUGAUAUCACUAAAAGUACAGAUCCUCCUGUGAACACUACCAUUUCUGAUAAUUACUGUGAUGAAAAAGACUCCAAAUAUCAGCACCUUUUGUCUGAUUUUCCAAAUCACUAUUCAAGUGCUUAUACUGACAAACUGAAUGAGGAAGAAGAAGAAUCACACGAUCCAGAUGUGUUACGGCAGAAGUGGAAUCAGGAAACAAAAGAAAAGAAGUGCAGGACUACAAAGGUAAAGCAGAACACAGAGAAAGUAAGAGCUUUCUUUGAAGAUGACUGGAGACCGAUAUUUCCAAAGUGUAGUUCCAUUGAAUUAGGUCCACCUGGAGACACAUCCCAUAAUUCUGAUACAGAUGAAUAAAAUGAAUAAAAGUAAAUAUUCUUAGAAGUUA